CGGGGACAGGAAGCCCCAGUAGCGCCGAGAUAAUUAUGUCUGGUCCCACCCUUUCAGGAGGGGCCUAGGUUUUCAGGCAGAAGGGGAAUUAGGGUGGGCCUUAGAAGGUCCUUCAAGUGUACAUCCACGAUCCCAGCAGCAAACACUGGCAUCUGGCUCUGCCCCUACUGUACAGAUGAGGGGACGAGGUGGAAGGUGCCAGGGCCCUUCCUUGGUGCAGCUCUCAGGGAUUUCUGGGUGAAGGGCUAACUUUGCCCCUGGCUAUCUUUGUGGGGUUGCUUCCCUCCUAGGCCUGAGGCCCAGCCAGCGCCCAAUGGAUGAUAAAAAGAAGAAACGGAGUCCCAAGCCCUGCCUGGCCCAGCCAGCCCAGGCCCCAGGCACACUACGGAGGGUCCCUGUGCCUACCAGCCACAGCGGCUCCUUGGCCCUAGGACUUCCUCAUCUGCCAUCCCCCAAGCAGCGGGCCAAGUUCAAGAGAGUAGGCAAGGAGAAGUGCCGCCCAGUCCUGGCUGGAGGUGGAAGCGGCUCUGCAGGCACGCCCCUGCAGCACUCCUUCCUGACCGAGGUGACUGAUGUCUAUGAGAUGGAGGGGGGACUCCUGAACCUGCUCAACGAUUUCCACUCCGGCCGGCUGCAGGCCUUUGGGAAGGAAUGCUCCUUUGAGCAGCUGGAGCAUGUUCGGGAGAUGCAGGAGAAGCUAGCCCGGCUGCACUUCAGCCUGGACGUGUGUGGGGAGGAGGAGGACGAUGAAGAGGAAGAGGAUGGGGUCACUGAGGGGCUGCCAGAGGAGCAGAAGAAGACGAUGGCUGACCGUAACCUCGACCAGCUGCUUAGCAACCUGGAAGACCUGAGUAAUUCGAUGUAUCCUUUCCAAGGAACCCGUCUAUGUGUGUGUGUUCCUGAGAGGUUAGUUUCCUCCUCCCCAGCUCUCCAGUAUUCACACACAGCCAACUUCCCCACCUCUUGCAGUCCUGUCAGAUUUAGCCACAGACUGCCCAAACCCAGGUACGGGAAUUUAGAAUUUCCCCCAAAUUAGAAGAAAAGUGGUUGUAGGGGAUGUUUUACUACUGAUCAAAAUCUUUGUGAGUACUCUAGCUGACAUCAAUCAUGACAAAGCUUGUCCGAUGUCCUCCUAUCCUUUCAGCAUUGAACAAUUAUUUUUACUAAUUUACACUACCACGUCACCUGGUCCUCAGUCAGAAACAGUGCGAGCGCGCGCGCACACACCCCAGUGUGUCUGACCUGCACGAUCUGGAUGGAGAGAGAGGGGGCGAGAGAGGGCAGGCGGGGACUCAACCUCAGUCCACAGACGGCCCGAGACCCUCGUCCCCGGCCCUUUGCACAGGUGAGGGAACUAAACCCGUGCAGGAUGGGAGACCAGGGCGAGAGGAAGGACUGGUCCAAAGCGCCACGAUCCUUGACGGGCACAGCCAGAAGCUGCACCUGGCCGAGAACGCCGAGCCUGAGGAGCAGUCCGCUGCGUAGGUGUCCCACGCAGGCCCACACUGCCCCUCUCAUUCUCUUCAAACUGUGACUUUUUACGGACUCGGGCGGGUGUUCCGCGGCCCCCCAGGUGCUAUGGGGGAGGGGGGCGUUGAAUGGAAUUAAACCAGAAAGCAAGCAA